AUGUCGAGUCAAGAGGAGAAAGGUAUGUAUCGCAGUCGUCCUACCCCAAGAGAUCCUAGCGUGUUAACAGAUCUGGGAGCGAAGUGCGACUUGUCGAGGCCAGCAUGUCGUCAAUGUCGCGGGGCCGGUUCCAGAUGUGAUGGAUAUCGAGGAGAGGAGUCUGUUAUCUUCAGAGAUCAAACUGCCGAAACUUUGGGCAAGGUGGCAGUCUUUUCAAACGCAAAUUUACCUAAUGGCAACCAGGGUGUUUUGGUAGGACUUAAGCUACCCCAACAGGCCAAAGUCCAUCAUUCGCAAGAUACCGCCAGCCAUUAUCCUUGGUUCAGACUUGAGGUCACGCCGGAAGACCAAGUCCUGCCUUUCUUUUUUCACCACUAUGUUUUGCCUGAGUCUGGACGGGCCCCUACUCAUCCCGACUGUCACGGCAUCAUCUACAAACGAGCAACAGAACCUGGAUACUUGGCUAACCUCAUCAACGCUGUCGGACUGGCCGGUCUAGCGUAUUUAAGGAACGCGCCCACGCUCAUCAAUUCAGCCAGAAAGUCGUUUUCUCACGCACUCCGAGAUAUAUGCGCUGCACUCAUGGACCCUAGUGAAGCAUCGUCCGACCAGAUGUUAGUCGCUGUAAUGCUUCUAGCGUUAUACGAAACUGUCGCGUACAAUUCUGAUGGAGGUUUGAGUCCGUGGAGUAGACAUGUAGAUGGUGCCAUGGCAUUGCUACAGCUCCGAGGAGCAGGCCAGCUACGCAACAGGAUCGGCCGGAGCAUUUUUCACAGCUUGCGCUCUGAAAUCCUUAUCAACUGCCUUCAGCGAAGGCUGCCGGUACCAACAGUACUGAUAGACUUUAUGGCCGAGGCUCACAGUAAUGAAACAGAACAAGAAGCGCCCGCGGCUCGGCUAGCAGACAUUGUUGUCAGCCUAUGCGCUUCUUUAUCCGCAGCCGAGGAAGACAUCACGGACGAAGAGAUUUUGUCUUCCCACGUUUCAAGACUAUUGUCGAUCGAUGCAGAUCUCAAGGACUGGGCCCAAACACUCCCAACAGAAUAUGGGUACAACACCCGAACCAAACCAAGCGAUCUCGAUGAAGCGGGAGUGUUCAUGGGACGAUAUGACAUAUAUUCCAGUGUGUAG